AUGGAAGGGGCGCAGGAGGCUUUUGACCUGAAGGAAAAAAAUCAGAUUCGUACCGAACAGCCUUCCUUUCAGUCAGAUGCUCAGACUUACCCCCUUUGUGGUACCAGAAACAGUAAGCCAAGUCCACAGCACCCAGAAAGCAAGCAGGGAUUUGAUGUCGCUCCAGUUUAUGACGAUGUGUCCGACUUCCCUGUCUACGCCACCGUGAGCAAGCCCAAGCACACGAAGCGUGACGACAGCAACGUGCACUAUGCAGACAUCCAGGUCUUCAGCAAAAUCCGGGAGCGCUCAGCUGCGGAGGUGAAGACCCUGCAGACCCAGAAUGCCACCGAGUAUGCCACCCUCAACUUUCCCCGGGCCACGCCGAAAUACGACAGCAAGAAUGGGACGCUGGUGUAAGAGCAGGAAG